GUCCUGACUUCUGAUCCGCUCCUUAUCCUGUCCUUCCUCACCGCUCCACGCGCAACACAAACAAACAAACAUUAAUCUUAAUCUCUCUCGCCGCUGCCGGAGGUUACCAAUGCUCCGCCCCUACACAUGACGCCAUACCGAACGACACUUGAGACUUGAGACUUGAGACUUGAGACUUGAGACUUCAGAUACUCUACUUCUGUUGCUGCUGUUACAGUCAUGCCUUUCACGAUGAAGAUUCAGCCAAUUGAUUUGCACGAGCCUCGGGAGGGGACUAGGCUUGAGCCGGUCAAGUCGGUGGUGAAGUCGCGCCUGAAGCGCCUCUUUGAGCGCCAAUUCUCCGGCGUCCUUAGGAAUCCGCCGCCGCCGGAGGAGCCGCAUUUAGCUAAAGACGGCUCCGCUGAUUUGGAACCGAAUUCGGCGUGUUUAGCGAAAAUGGUGCAGAAUUUCCUGGAAGAGAAUCACGAGAAAAACUCCGUUUCCGUCAAGUGUGCGCGUAACCGCUACAACAGCUUCGACGACAGCUCCGACGCCGAAACGCACGCGCUCGGUGGUUUCGGCGAGUCUAAUUACUCUUUGUCCGGUGAAGCGCACGAAGUUCUCAAGGGUUUGGUGGCGUGUGCCAGUGUCUAUGAGAGGAAUUUGCUAGCGGACACUGCUAAGAUCAUUGAGAAGAACAAGGCGACGUGCAGACGCAAAGACGAUUGUUGUAGAAAGAUCGUUACGGAAGGGUUGUUAGGUCUCGGAUACGAUGCUUCCGUCUGCAAAUCUCGCUGGGAAAAAUCAAGUUUCUGCCCCGCUGGGGAAUACGAAUACAUUGAUGUGAUAAUGGGAAAGGAGAGGGUGGUGGUCGACGUUGACUUCAGAUCAGAAUUCGAGAUUGCUCGACCCACCAAGGCAUACAAAGCGAUCCUCCAAACCCUUCCUUGUGUAUUCGUUGGCACGUGUGAUCGGUUGCAGAGUAUCGUUGCCAUCGCGUCAGAGGCGGCUAAGCUGAGUCUGAAGAAGAAGGGCAUGCACGUGCCGCCCUGGAGAAAAGUCGAAUACGUGAGAGCGAAAUGGCUCUCCCCUUACACCUGCUCGCGUGGAGUCAAGGAGGAAACCCAAGAGAAAAACCACUUUGUCAUGGGAAAUGGGGCUAACCAGUCUCAACCGUUGAUGUUAACUGUGUGUGAGUGCGAUGAUGAAAAGUCUAAGUCAAAGCUCCUGGUUCAGAAGCCAUCCGAGAUGAAACCCAAGAGCUCACAAUCCGGUUUGGCAGCUGUCUUCCAUGAAAACCCCUGAAAUUUUGAUAUAUUAUAUAUUUUUUUUUCUUUUAUAUUAAGUUUUAAUUCUCUGGAGUGAGGAUGGAUUUAAAAAGGCUGUGUAUGUAGUUGUGUAAUUGCUCUAUCCCCUUCUGCUUUUUAUUGUAAGGGAUGAGUUCUACUAAUAUGAAUAAAGUAAAGGUGAAAUAUAUUGUUAGUUAGAUAUUUGGGAGAUUGCCAGAACCCCUUCUGCUUUUUAUUGUAAGGGAUGGGAUUUAUGAUAUGAAUAAAUUAAAGGUGAAAUAUAUUGUAUUCUUAGUUAUUUAAGAGAUUGUGAGAAGAUGAUUCUUUACGUAUUAGA